AUGACAUCAGGGACACCCAAGAAGCAAGAGCUAACCCAGAUAGCCGUGUCCAUUGUGGCAGGGUCAACAGCUGGGGCGGUCGAAAUUGCAAUUACAUAUCCAUUUGAGUUUGCAAAGACAAGGUCUCAGCUCAACCGACAUCUCCCCGACUCCAAGAAGCUUCCAUGGCCGCCAUUCCCAUCUAAGGCAUGGUAUACGGGAUGCACCACCCUGAUCCUCGGUAACGCGCUCAAAGCCUCCACACGCUUCGUUGUCUUCGACGGCUUCAAGCAUCUGCUAGCCGAUGAAUCAGGCAACCUCAGCGGUACCCGCACGGCCAUAGCCGGCCUAGCCGCCGGCGUUGUCGAGUCCACGCUGGCAGUGACUCCCUUUGAAAGCAUCAAGACGCAGCUGAUCGACGACAAGAAGCGAGGCCAGCCCCGGAUGCGGGGCUUCCUGCACGGCUCGGCCGUCAUCGCGCGCGAGAAGGGAAUUCGUGGCUUUUUCCAGGGAUUUGUCCCGUCGACAGCCCGGCAGGCUGCCAACAGCAUGGUGCGCUUUACGUCCUACGGAAUCAUCAAGGCGCAGCUGGGGAAGAUGUCGGAUACGGGCAAGACGGGGGCAGUUGGGACCUUUGUCGCUGGCGGGCUCGCGGGAAUCAUUACCGUAUACGCAACCAUGCCCUUGGACGUCAUCAAGACGCGAAUGCAAAGCCUCGAGGCUAGCAAAAACUACAAGAACAGCGUCGCCUGCGCGGUCAGCAUCUUCAAAAACGAAGGUGUGCCGACCUUCUGGUCCGGCACGGUACCUCGACUAGGCCGCCUGUCGCUGAGCGGUGCUAUCGUCUUUACUGUGCCAACCUUCUCGCAGAUCCACAAGCUUCAGCGGGAAAACGCAGCUCUCCAAGCCUUCGUUCGCCAGCUCAAAUCCAGCAGCACCCCUGAGGAACGCUCGUCUCUCCUUGGCGCUGUCGUGGAUGAGCAUGGGAAUGUCCACGUCCGUUCCCCGCCCGGACCUGCCGAGAGCAUCUCCAGCCCUGUUCCUUCGGUCGCCGCAUCCGUCGCUAUCUCUAUCUCUGACGAGCAUGUUAAAGACAAGGACAAAGCCGCGCCGGGCCCGAGCCGGUACGAGGACGACCUGCUCGGCCCAUCGGACGAUGAGGAGCUCGACAUUGCCAACUUCAUCUCGGUCGACGAGAUAGGCAAGGCCCGCAGCUUUGGGCCCUCGUCGGCACUCCACUAUCGUGCCAGGAGCGGGGCGGGCGCUGUCAAUUCGCCCUCGUGCCAGCCCGUCGCCGACCGCGAGGGCGUCCGCAACGCCCUCAUUGCCCAGGCCGCCCUCCAGCGCCAGCUCGAGCACCGCCUAGCCCAGCUGUCGUCCAUCGACGGCACACACAUAAGCGUUGCCCUCCAUCUCCUGAAUCUGCAUUGGACGCGCCAACACCACACCUUCCUCCUCACCUACCGCCCUGCCAUUAUGCGGGAUCUGCAGAGCGGCGGCGGGCCCAAUGUUUAUGGACCCCAUUGUUCCAACUUCCUCCUGAACGCCAUCUUUGCCUGCUCAGCCAAGUAUUCGGGCCUCAUUUACCUCCGUGGCAAUCCUGACGACCCCAAAACGGCGGGCGCCCGCUUCUUCCGCCGUUGUGAUGAGCUACUGGCCAAGGAGUCGCUGCUCAUCCGGCCGACGAUCCCAACGAUUGUCGGCCUGCUCCUGCUAGGUUCGACAUACAACUCCAUCGGCGAGACAUCGAAGGGAUGGCUCUACACAGGCUAUGCUCUGCGCAUGGUGUAUGACCAGGGCCUACACCUGGACCCCGAGGAGACCACUGGCGAUGCUGAAGGGGUGGAGAUCCGGCGACGCGUCUUCUGGGGCGCUUUCAUAUGCGACAAGCUGCAGAGCCUCUACCUAGGACGGCCGGUGGCCAUCAACAUACGCGACUCCCGUGUAUCAACGCAGCUACUUGACACCUACGAGGAGAAUGAGAUCUAUUGCCACCCACCUGACCACCCUGCUCAUCUCGCUCCGCCCACACCACGUCCGACGACCCACAUGGCGGCCCCAACCCCGGUACCGAUCAGCUCUGUCUCGACAUUUCAGCAGCUAUGCCAGCUCUCCAAGAUUAUGACCACUAUUAUCGACCGCUUCUACGUCAUCGGCGCCACCUUAUCCAACGCGAGGAGGAGUCUCGAGGCGGUGAACCGCGCCCUCACGCAAUGGAAGGAGAAUCUCUCGCCGGAGCUCGACUUCCGACCCUGGGAGUCGCUGCCGCGAUCCGCGCAGCCGCCCCCGCCGCCCAACCUCAUGGUUCUGCACUCUAUCUACCACGCGCUCGUCAUCCUGCUGCACCGGCCCUUCAUCUCGGACGGCCACCUGCGCCUGGCUAACGCGCCCGUGCACUCCUCCUGCUGGGACCGGUGCAGCGGCGCCGCUCGCUGCAUCACUAGCAUUUCUACGGCGUACCGUGCCACCUACGGCCUUGCCGGCGCGCCGUAUGUCCUCGGUUACGCGGCCUAUGUGGCCUGCACUAUCCACGUGCGCAACGCCGCCGCCGCCGCCGGGCAGGGCCAGAGUGGUAGCUAUGAGCACGGGACACUGCUGGUUUCUAGCCUGAGGUUGCUUGAUGAGUUGUGUGAGGCAAAUCCUGGCCUUGCUAAGCCAGCUGGCAUUAUUCGUCGUCUUAUCAAGGUAAAUGGUUUGGAUUUAAGGACUGACAAGACCUUGCAGGUCAGUCAUUCUGUCGCAAGCGGUGACCUUAGCCUCGAUGCGAUUUUCAAUACGUUCCCUGCAAGCAACGUCCCUGAAGAGCCAGAGGGGUCGAAUGCCCUCAACGAACGUGGUGGGCUAGAGUUUGAGUUGCCUUUUGAUCCACUUUUUGGCCCUAUGGAUAGUUUUGAGCUACCGUUCCCUCGACGUGUGAGGCGUCGGUCCACGGCGUAG